UGGAAGCAUGAGUGAAGCGGGUGUGUUGGAGUUGACCUGCCACGUGCAGAAGUAUCACUGGGGCAAGAGGGGCCCAUCCAGCCUAGUGGCACAGCUGGCAUUGGAGGGUAAGCAUCUGGCAUCCAUCGAUGAAACCACCACAUAUGCUGAGUUAUGGAUGGGAACACACCCUUCGUGUCCAAGCCAGGUUCGAGGCACUGACAAGACGCUAGCUUCGUACAUUACGGAGCAUCCAGAAUGCCUUGGCAGCAGCGUUCGGGCUGUCUUUGGUGUACACUUGCCAUUCCUCUUCAAAGUACUCUCAGUGGGUGCCCCACUGUCCAUACAGGCGCAUCCAACCAAGGUGAUGGCCAAGAAGCUGCACGAAGCACGUCCAGACCUGUACCCAGACUCUAACCACAAGCCUGAGAUUGCCAUUGCCCUCACGGACUUCGAGGCCUUCUGCAACUUCCGCCCUCUACAAGAAAUCACGAAUCUUCUGAAAGGACUGCCAGAGCUGCAGCAGGUGCUCGGGCCUCUGGCAGAGCAGCCGUUGUCAUCCAAGGCCGAGUUGCACACCUGGUUCAAGGCUGUCAUCACUGCCCCGGCCAAAGUGUUUCUUCCUCAACUGGAGAAACUGGCCGAAAGGCUCGAGAAGAACGUGGAAGCAGCAGGAAUCCCUAACGAGCUUGCCACUGUGUUCCUGAAGGUGCACGACAGUUACCCAGAUGAUAUUGGCUGCUUUGUCAUCUUCUUCCUCAACUAUGUAAAGCUGAAGCCUGGAGAGGCCCUCUUUCUAGCUGCAGAUGAACCGCACGCUUAUAUCUAUGGUGACUGUGUGGAGUGCAUGGCGUGCUCAGACAAUGUGGUGCGAGCGGGGCUGACACCCAAGCACAAGGACGUGGAGACCCUGUGUGCCAUGCUGACUUACAACUCUGUGCCCUUGAGCCAAGUGCGCUUCCCUGCUGUAUCCACGAGCCUCGAGACCUGCUGCUUUUCACCUCCCAUCUCUGAUUUUGCUGUCAACAUGAUCAAGAUUAUGCCCGACACCAACUUCCUCCUGAAGGGCAUUGACUCUGCGAGCAUCCUGUUGGUGAUCCACGGUGAGGGCAAGAUUGGAAACUUGAAGGUGCAGAAGGGCAGCAUCCUCUUUCUGGUGGCAGAAAAAGCCCACACCAUCGUCUCCACCAGUAGCAUGUGCCUAUACCAGGCAUUCUGCCCCGUCUGAACUAUCGGGACGCAUCGUGCUGCAGUGGGCUGCCUUCAGCUGCCAUCCACUGGGAAGCCACAUUCUUUGGUCUCAAGAACAGUUGCAUAUGCUGCUAAAGGUGUCCUUUUUGGGAAAGUCGUUUAGAAGGACCUCGAAGUGGUGCCUUGGAAUGGCGAACCUUGUAUGUCAUCCUGGUUGAGCUAGUUAAACCACUGCUGUGAGGCUGCAGCCGGCAUGCAGCGUUUUUAGUCUUCACGGCUGUCACACCCUGGAACUGUGCUACAGGCUUAAUUCAUGGCAUACGUGCAAGAGAUCCUCGUUGAUAACUUCUUGGUUCAGACCAGUUCUAAAUUUAUAUGUGCUUACAUUGGGAAACUGAAUUUCAAAACUUGCCAUUUAUUUUUGUAUCGAAAAGAUCCUGCAGCAUGCAGCCCUGCAACAUUUACUACAACAGCCCAUCACACCAUUAGUCGGCUUUUAUUAAAGUUAUCUUUUCGUGCUCCUUCAAUUUAUUAGCUCCUGCAAAUUCUUAUAGAAACAACCUUGAUAUAACGAACACAUUUGCAGCAAAAAAAUUGUAUGUUAUACUAUGCACAUACUAGUACCUAGGAUUCGUCAUGAGCAUUGAUAAAAACCAACACAAGAAAGAAAUUCCAUAGUUGGGCCAGACAAGCCUACUAUACUUGUGUCUCGACACUAUCAGUGCAAGUACUAUUAUAUACUCAUUCUCUUGCUGGAAUAACGCCAUUCAAUAGUGGAACAGUCAAUCUUUAAUGGAAUAUAAUCUAUGGGGUAGUGACAACUUUUACACCAACUGCAUCAUUUUUCAUCUCUAUAUGUUGCAAAGUGGCUGGACUCUGUGCCACAAAGGGGUCCAUCGAAAGCCAUUGCAGUCACCGGUAUGCCACAAACUGAGCCAAGGUCUUUUUCAUUAUAGAACAAAACAUGGUUAAUGUAAUGUUAACAGACAGGUUGUGGAGGUGCUGUCACCCCUUGUAAAGCCUUUUGCGCCUCAUGGCGCAUGCGCAUCUCGCGGAUAGGCCGCAGUUAGGUUAAAUGGCCGCCGAGCGAGCAGUGGCGCUGUGCUUGCACGGGUUAGGGUUAGUGCGGUGGCGUCGGUAGCGCCGCCUGCGGGAGAAGCUAGGCCGGCGGACGGAAAAUAGCAGCGAGCCUUUUUUUCGAGUUUGGUAGCAUGCGUGGAUGGACAUCUCUCGUGGUGGGUCCGUGGGGGACGAUACCACGGCUCGUUUCCCGCGGGCCCCUCGUGGCGAGUCGAACGUCGGCGACGUCGCAUUCACAGUGCACUGUAUGUCUUAUGUGGUCUCGGGUUGUGUCUUAUUUUCCAAGUAUUGUAUUGGCAUUGUAUAAGGUUAUUUAGUGUGGUACUAGUUGUGUAUCAGAUUCAGCAGGUGAGCUCAUCGAAGAGCCCUGAAGCUGGAUUAUGGCAUCAUUCACCUUGCUGUACAUAGUCUGAUGCUUUCAUGUACACCAUAAUUAGUGUUCGAAAUUAUAGCAUGUAUAUUAUCAUCCAUCCCCACUCUAUUCUGUGCUGCUUACGAGGUAAAAAGAGUUGCAUGCUGAGAAGUGGCACUGCCUUCGCGGCAGUUAGUGGAACAUGUUGAGCCGUGGCGCAUGCGUGCGGAGUGCACGCAUGCAGCAAACCGCCGCGCACAAACACGAACCGCUGUCAUGCUCUCCUCCCAAUGUUCACAGUAUGUGUGGUGUGUGUACGACUUCAUAGUCUCUGCAGAUAGAAAAAUUUUUAUUAUAAAUGUUUCACGGUGUUUUCCACGCAACUAUUCCGUGAUUAGACAUUCAAACCAGUAAGCUUUCCAUUCUGCUAAAAAAAACAGGUACCAUAAAACUUCAUUGUCCGUCCAUUUAACACACUAAGCUGGAAUCGCAAGGCAUGUUUUUUUCGUGAAUGAAAACUCGAUAUGGGAGCAAACUCCCUUGCCACGUCUGACACGAGGGCAUCAUCAUGAAAAGAGCAGAGCGGAGUGUCGGCACCACAUCAUAAACCCUGCACCUGUUUUCAUGACUUGUCAUGUAUGUCUGAACUGCAGCAAUGAACCCUGCAUGUUUUUUCAUGUCGCGUCCGCAAUACUACAGAUGCUAUUGGUGAGAUUCCACCAUCUCUAAUGAAUGGAGCACGAAACCAUGUGGUUGCAUCGUCAGGUACUGUGCUUCGUGUCAUGUGACAACACACUCCAUACUGAUUCGUGGAAGCACACUGGGCUUUGGUAAGGUAUUCUUUUCUAUCUUGACAGAAAUUAGUAGUGCAUGAUUUCUGCAUGCUGAUGCACCAAAAUGACACCCGUGACCUGCCCUGGUGCAUCAGUCGUGCAACAAAUUGCACCAUGUGGUUCCAGCUUUAGAGUGUCAAAAUGGGCGGGGUGCUAGGAGGAGAGAGAUGCAGUUGAGGACAGCCGUAAAGUUGGUGCUGCGGUAACACCAGGAGUUUUGCAGGUGUUGGCUGAAGUUGGUCGACACAAGAUAGGUAAUAUGGCGUUCAUAUGCUCACGGUGUCACCAUGAGUCGUCAGCGUCUCAAUCGUUCCUAACAGCACCGACAAUUAGAGUUUUCUGGGAUGUGUUUCUGUGCUGCUGCGUACAAAGGCUGCUGCUGUUGAUAAUAAUAUACAUCUGCUGUUUGUGCAUAGAUGAUAGACACUAAAUGGACAUUUAUAUAUGGUAAUUUUGCCUGUGUACAUACUUUCACCUAUUCUUGCUAGCCCAGCUUGUGAUCUUUUGUAGUUCCUGGUGCAGAAAUUUAAUACAAAAUGAACAAGAGAUGAGACGCAUGUUAACUUAUCACUCAACUGUGAGCUACAUGGCAUAGAAAUUCACUCAUACCAUAAGAUACCAUGAUAGUUUCUACCACUACCUGUAUUACCACUUGUGAGUGACCUUGUUGGUUGGCCAAAGACUUAGGUUUAUUUUUUAUUUAUUUUUUAUGUCGAGUUUAUGAAAUUUGAAGUUAUUGCACUGAACAUCAUCACCGCGGCAGGAGAGAGAGUGAGUGCACAUGGACUGCACACAUUUACAAUAUUUUACGUUAACUAACACAUUGAUUGUCUUUGCAGGUAAUGCUUUCAUAGUUUUUAGGAAUGUUAUACAUACAUACUAGCUACUUUUGACAUUUUAUGCCGUAUUGACUUAUAUAUAUAUUAUUUCUUGGGCUUAAUCAUUUUUGCAUUUAUGACUUUUCUAAUACAUGCCCACUGCCAAAGAACCACUCAGAGGGCUUCCAAGGGAGAAUCAUAGAGAGGAGCCUAUGUUUAAAUAUGCAAUGUUUUCAUUACAUUAUAUUACUUAGUACCCUUGCUCAACUUGUAAGAAGGAGCAUAGUUGUGCUAAUAUUCUUCCAAUGCCCAAACUGAAUGUUCUUAAAGCUUGGACCUUUGUGACACAUGCAAGCAGCUGUGCAGCUGUAGAAUAGUAAAGGUGUGCAAGUGUGGCUUCAUUUUAACCCCUUCCAUGCCAUGCUGUUAUUCCGAAUUCUGACCCAAGAUAAUAAUAAUUGUUGGGGUUUUACGUCCCAAAACCACAAUAUGGUUAUGAGAGAUGCCGUAGUGGAGGGCUCCGAAAUUUUUGAUCACCGGGGCUCUUCAACGUGCACCUGAGUCUAAACACACGGGCCCCUAGCAUUUUGUCUCCAUCGAAAUGUGGUUGUCACGACCCUAGAUUCAAUUUCAUGACUGACCAAAAAUGGCAGAUUUCUUUUAUUGUGGACACCUCGUGCCAGCAUGUUUUAAUUUCUCCACCUAAAUGAACUGGCUCCUGCUUUCAUUGCCCAACGAUUCGUGUGCUGCUAUCUAUAUGAGAGCACAGCACAGCAAAGCACUGAGACGAAGCCAGCUCCAUUGCAGUGCAUAGAAAACGCCGUUGAUGAGCUGAUCUUGUCCUCAACCAUUUUUACUGGAAACGCAUGGACAAGCCUGACUCCUCCAUGGCAUGGAAGGAGUUAAAUGGUGUAAACAAAUUUCCACACUGUGGAGUAUAGGCAGACGAGUUCUGUCUGAGUUAAUACAGAGGAACAUAAUAGCUUUUCUAUUACUGCAAUAAAGCUGUGAAAUUCAAAGUGUUUAUGUGGUGAUGCAUGCCAUGCCAUCCAGUUGUGCUUUCAGUUGUGUCUCAGUGCGCUAGUUUACGAUUGGGAGUGUGCAAUAAAAUGAAAUUUUUUGUCUCGGGA